AGCAACCUUGGAGAUCCCUGUGGCUUUGCUUCAGCGCGUCUCCAUCUCGAGGUCUCUCCUUGAGUACCGAGAUAAUUCACUUUUACCUACGUGAGCGUAACGAGGACCCUCUUCAGAGUUUUCUCUACUUCAAUUAUUGAUUUUGCCAGAAAACAGACGUCCCUAUAUAGAAGGAUGGCCAAGCUCCUGCGGAGGUUCAGGAGGAAGGCUCUGCAGGUGCCCCCAGAGCCUUCGGGAAGGAGCGGCCAUCUUCCCAAGGGGCAGAGCCACCUCUCCGUCCCCGCUGGCGGGGAAGCAGCUCCCAUCCAGGCCAGAAGGCGGAAGUUCCCAGCCUUCUGGAGAACAAAGCCAGCUCCCGGCGCAGGCGCCGACCUGGGAGAGACCCCGACCAAGCCCAGGUGGAGCUGGUUCAGGAUGAGGAUUUGCGGACAGGACCCAGCCCAGGAGGGGCGCCGGGCAGGGAGGCUCUGGGGCCUGUUAUGUGGGCAGCAGCGGCCCCAGGAGCCCAGCCCUCAUUCCCAGCAGGGGGCAUCGCCCUGCCCGGGCUCUGAGGAUCUUUCAGUCCCCUCAGACCAGGAGCUAGAAGAUCCCAGCACCAGCACCAUCAGCUCAGCACGGGACAGCAGCAGUGCCUGGGGCUCCAGCAGCAGCGACGCCUCUGGACGCUGCUGCUUUGUUCCAGGGACCCCCACGGAGUCAGCGGCGGAGGAAUGGCUGGAGAUGACCACAGAGGAAGCUGCUCUCAAGGUCAUCGGAGAGCAGCUCCAGGGCAGAGACAAGGAUGAGGGGCAGCAGCUCAGGUUCCUGCGGGCCAUCUACCCCGCGUGUCUUGCUGCACAGGACAGAGGGCAGGACACGCUGGAGCCGCGCUGCUGCAAGGCGGCUGUGGUGGAGAGGAUUGUGGAGCUCAUUGAGGAGCUUCCUAAAGACUCUCCACCCAGCGAGAUCCUCUCCAGCUGCCUGGCUGCUGUGGGCACCCUCAGCACCAUGAAACCAGCCCUUGAGCCUGAGCUAGAGUCCCGCCUCUUGCAAGCUGCCCUUGGCUCGGUCUUCACCCUGGGCACGGAGACGGACGCCACCGACAUCCAGGCUCUACACAAAGUCAUGCCAGAGCUCCUGGAUGCUGUGCUGGGGAACCUGCUGGCAGAGUCCCCAGACGCAGGCAGGCUCCACUUCAUCUUGGAGGUGAGUCCCAUAAGGAGGGGUGGGAACCAAUUUUACCGUAACUCUUUGGGGGCUGGUAAGGAGAGACUGGCAGAUCCAGUUUCUAUUCUGUCCUCCUAGCUGGGUCCCCAUUGGGGCGUCCUUGGCUGGGGAGGUCAGUGCAAUGCAGUGUCAGGUCCUGCUUUCUUGAGGGACAGAGGAAGGAGCUGGGACAUCAAGCCAGAGCUCUGCCUGCUUCUGUUGAACACUAAUCACAGGGCCCCUGGUUGUCUUGGGGAGUGAGAGUCUGAAACCCCCCCUUCCCCCGCCCCCCCCAAGACACCCA